AUGGAUCGCAGAAUACCACCAUCAGAAUUGACCGACGCAAACCGCCUCGUUGCGGAUAACAUGAUCAAUGUCUUUCGUGUGGAUGAUAAAACGGUAGUCAAAUUAUGCGACCCAAACCGUCUCUCUGAAGCAGAAGCUUUGAAGUUCAUCCGCUCUAAAACUUCCAUUCCAGUUCCUGAGGUGUACAACGCUUAUGUUGAUGAAACAAUCGACCGUGGUGUCAUUGUUAUGGAGUACAUUGAAGGGGAGGUCCUUCGUGAUGUUAUUCAAGACAUGGAUGACACGCGGCGCCAAAAGAUCAUCUCGGAAUUGCAACAAUUCAUGUCCGAGUUACGAUCUAUUGAAGGCAAUUUUAUCGGCUCCAUUGAUGGUUCGGCUUGUGAGGAUCCUGUCUUUUGUGCCGAGCAGGGUGGGUUCGGCCCGUAUAAGACGGAGAACGAAUUCAAUGAGGGGUUGAUUCGCGCAAUGACUAUCAACGAAACAAACUCAUGGGUUAAUCAUGUUUCCAAGCUCAUUCGAGCCAUGCCAUCCCAUACAACAGUGCUCACCCAUGCGGACUUUUCUCCGCGAAACAUCAUUAUCAGAGGCGAACAGGUUGUUGGAAUACUCGACUGGGAGAUGGCUGGAUUUUAUCCUGAGUACUGGGAAUAUAUUAAGGCUAUGUAUCACCCGGACUGGCAAAGCCGUUGGGUCGGGGAUGGCAUUGUGGAUACUGUACUUAAACCAUUUUACCUCGAGCAUGCUGUCAUGUUACAUAUGCAAGAGGUCGUCUGGUGA